AUGAAUGAAGGGACUAGGCCUAUCAAAGCAAAUCAAGCGUCCACAAUUAUAGGUGGCUGCACUAGUACCAUCACUGUAACACUGCAAUCACAACUGAAGGCAAUGUGGCUGUUACCAAAAAAUAUUGUAAUUUUGUUACUACUGUAUUUGAUUUUACUCCUGUUGCUGAGUGUACCUAAUGUAUAUAGCCAGUCAGUUGUAACAUCUAAUAAAGUGGCCAAAGAAGGUGAUGGUGAAGUAGUGAUACCGUGUGACUAUUCACAAGUCACUAAUACACCUUUGUCUGUCAUAUGGAAUGAAGUAAAUGAAACUGUAAACAUUAUUACAUUUGGUAUUGUAAGUAAUGUAGAGGAAGUUAAUGGCCGUUACAGCUUAAGAAGAACUCCUGGGAAUGCUGACCUGGUUAUCACGAAGCCAGUAAGGAAUGAUAAUGAGAGAAGAUUUCAAUGUCAAAUACUGUCAAGAAAGGGAGAUUUCAUAUAUUCAGAUUCUUCCAUUCUCACUGUAAAUUACCUAGAUGAGCCUGUACUGUCUGCCUCAGCAAGCAGUGUCUAUGAAGGUGAAUCAGUGGCCUUGACCUGUACUAAACCUGAUGGUGACCCGGAACCUAGUAUCACAUGGUAUAAAGAUGGACAAGCACUCAGCACCACAGACACCAAUAGAUUUACUACAAGCGAAGUUGCUCUUGAAAUACACAUUGAAGCUGCAAGUGCAGCUGAUGGUGGCAGGUAUACAUAUCUUACAGUUACAUUUGAAUCAAAAGAUGGCACUGCAACAUGCACUGCAGAGGGUCAUCCCAACCCGUCUUCUGUAAUGAUAUACAAAGAUGGGGAAAUGAUUGAGAAUGGGACACUUACUGCAUCUGUGAAAAUUUAUGAAGAGAUUUGUAAAUCAAACAUCACAUGCUAUGCAGAGAAUGGAGAAGUUAAUGCAACAGAACCACUGAAGACCUGUAAAGAGGGUUCAAACUCUGCAUUGUAUGCACUUUUCAUUAUCCCUGUCAUACUGUGGAUACUGUUUCUGCUCUACUUUAUAUUUUGCAGGAAAAUUGAGAUAAAAGGAGAAGAUAUGACAGCAGUAGAAGGCGACAAAUCACUUGCAAUGAGUAAAAAAUAUCGUCCUAGUAUUGCACACUUUGAGACUUUCCAGUGGGACUUUGUGAUAAAAAAUGAAGAGAAAAACAAGGAGGAAUCUAAAACACAAGCAAUUGGUUUAGCUCCUAAGCUCGGCUUCAAGUAUAUUCUUCGUUGCUGUUUCUACUUUUGUGGAAUCUGUUGUAUUGAAUACAAAGAAAAAUAUGAAAAUGGUGACUUGGAAAAGAAAAGUAAAAAUAGUGAGGGUAAACAUUAUGAGGAACUUGAGCUGGAAGAAAAAGACUGUGAAAGAGGAAUUGCUGAUGGUGAGGAUCUCUGUGGUAACAAUGACCCCAAUGAAGAAGAGGCCUAUGUGAACAUUUCAACAGAGAAUAUCAACAAAAAAAGUCAAUCACUGAUCUUCAUUCCUGAUAGAAAAGGGAAGACCUCAGAUCAAAGGUUUGUUGUAUUCAGUGAAAAAUAUUUGCAUUUUGGUUUGCCUUUGCCAUAG